AUGCCAGGUCUAAAAAUUGAGAUCUGGGAUCCAACCUCCGAGUACAAACCUUCGCAAGCCAAACCUUCGCAAGCCAAACCUUCGCAAGCCAAACCUUCGCAAUUGGCGCUGCCUGUGUCAGAGGAGGAAUGGUGCCAGAGGAGGCAGGACACCAAGCUUUCUACUGCAGACGACGUUCUCCAUACAGUUGAUUGCUUGGUGGAAGGCAGCCUGGAUCCGCUGAACAACGACAAACAUUCAUCAGUGGAGAAAUCCACCUCUCUGGACGCGGCGGGGGAUCAGAACCCAGGAGAUGCUUUGGGAGAUGCUUUGUCUUCCUCCGCGGAGCAGGCCGCCGCUCUGGUCGCGGCGGGGGAUCAGAACCCAGGAGAUGCUUUGGGAGAUGCUUUGUCUUCCUCCGCGGAGCAGGCCGCCGCUCUGGUCGCGAAGGCGGAAUGCUCGCGGUGCAUCGCACAAUUCUUUUCGCUAGUGUUUAUGGCAGAAUGCCAGGUGGCGUUAGUCACCGGCUGCCCGAAAACCUCAGUAUACUACGUAAUACGGAAGUUUGUGGAAGCCACUGGCGGAACGUUCGAUGGAGAAAGGGUGCCUGCCAUGCUUCUCUGGACAACACUGUGGAUCCUCCAGGAACAACAACGGCAUGUUCGGCGCGGACUCAUGCAUCGUGGCAUCGAGAUUUUUUUCAGUGGAGGCAAGAGCCUCUGGUUUUACCACGCUUGCCCAAGGACUCCCAAAGAGAAUGCCCGUUUUACCAACAAAUUCCCUACUUGCAAGGUCCCGGACGAGAUCCACGCUUCUCUUCCACUCUGGGUCCCGUUUAUCGUCGGAAUUCGUAAUAUCAGUCGGUGGAGCUAUACGACUAUUUGUGACGCGCUUAAGGUAAAUCUCUGGUCUCGGGAGGAUUAUUUUCAGAAGUGGCGGGAGAGGUACCGCUCGAGGACGCUCGUCAGCUGUCACCUCGAGGUUGAUUGUUCGGAAUCGCAGCUUCUAGGGCCGAAAAGGCGUCGACAUCACGCUAGGAAGAGGAAGAGAUCUGCCGAGCCAGAGAGCCGAACGCUUCGGCCGGACUCAAUCGAGGAAACGCAGUUUCGAGCUACGAGCGCCUGCCAGCACCGCGAGCCGGCGGUCUCACGGCAUGACAAGUGUCUGACAAUCCGCGCUUCGUCGGCUCUCGAACGAGAGGCGGAAACCGCACCGCAGACCUCCCAGGGACACCCCACCGCGACGGUUCAUUCCGAGUCAGGCAGCGGGAGUGGACAGGCCGUCAGUGCUAGCCUGCCAGAGAGCGAUGUGGGGGUCGAUUCCUGGCACAUACUGCUGGCUGUUGCGGCCGCACAAGCGGGCGGUAAUGCAUUUACUGGAGAGGAGACAGCGGGCGCAAUCGCAGAGCACGAAAGCGACUAG